GAGGCAGCUCGUGUCCCUUAUGUCUCUUUGUGGGGAACAGAACAGACUUCCCAGAGCACCACUGGAGACAAGACAGAGCUCUUGGGAGGACACCCCAGGUGCAGACCUCCCUGCAACCCUUUCCUCCACUACUGCCACUGGAUGCCAAGAUGAGCACAGGGAGAGGAGACACAGACCUACUCAAGCUGGAGUAAAACAUCCAGAGGUCCAAAACAGGAGGUGGAACUUUAACAGCUGGACAAGCCAAGAGGUCAAUUUUGAGUUGAAGGCGACAUGAUCAGCAAUUCAAAAUCAACAGUGCAGGACCGGAUCGCUGAGAAAAAGGUGGAGUCCUAAUUUGAGCUUUUAGUUUCUCUUUAGAAAAGUUAUGUUAAAGAAGAAUCAACAAAGUACUCUAUAUCUUUUGUAGCUAUUAAGGAUGAAAGCAUCAUAUGAAAUACAUAAAAACGAUGCAAAGAGGAUCAUUUAUCUUAGAUUUUUUUUAUUAUUUUUAUCCAUCGUCAGACCACUUUCCAAAAUUGUCAUUUGCGGUAUGAAAUUGAGAUGCCCUUUAAAGAACAUCUUGAACGGUCCCGACUGUGCUCUUAAUUCAGCAGCCAGGCGUUUAUCUUAUUUUUCCAGCUCUUUCUGAGAGGGAGCAUUAAAGACUUCAUUGAUAGUGCUCUUGGGGAGCGGGUAAAAUUUCUUAUGUGAGGUCUUGAAACUUUACAGCUGUUGACUGGAGAGAGAGAGAGUGCCACAUACAUAAGAAAAUGAUGUUGAGCUGUUCUCCAUGUGGGAAAAGUGUGUAUCUGGACUAACAUUGCGGUGGAGCGUUACGGAAAGAAGAAAUGUUCAGAGGGUGUGGAGUGGUCAGUGGCCAGAACCAGUACCUGAUCAGAGACGCUGUCAGGCCCCAUCCCGGAAUAGAGGUGAACAGACCGAUCCACAUGGAGAAUGGGGUAACCCCAGGGACCUGCUCUGUCUACCAGGAUCAAACCUACAGCAAUGCUGGCCAGCCAGCAGUGGUCAACAAUGUUUCCAGCCCACUGAAGCCAACACCACCACUACCAGCCCCUCCCCCUGCACUCAAACUAGGGCAGGAAGGGUUUAAGAAAGUCUGCCGAACUGAGGAGGACAGCCCCUGUCCCUUUCCAGGACUGGCCUCUGGGGUGCUGGAGAUGCGUGUGAAGGAGGGGAGUAAGAUCCGCAACUUAAUGGGAUUUGCCAUGGCACGGAUGCAAGGAGAGAAGGGUGUAAGUGGGGGAGAUGUGAGUGGUGGUGGGCUCAGGCAGGUGGUCUUCACUGGUUCAGGCCGUGCGGUCACAAAGACCAUCACUUGUGCUGAGAUCAUGAAACGAAAAGUGGGCUCUCUGCACCAGCUGACCAAACUGCGGUACAAGGUGGUGAAAGAGGUGUGGGAGAGUAGUGAAGGGGGGACAUCGGAGAUGACGGUGCACAGGACUGUGCCCUCCAUCAGCAUCCUUCUUUCCAAAGACCCACUGGAUCCCCAGGAACCGGGCUAUCAGCCUCCAGAGACUCUCAGUGCAUUGUGGGAGGAGGGUGUCGGAUCUGCCUCGCAGGCAGCAUGCAAGAGACCUCUUGGACCUUUGCCAUACACCAGUUUCCCUCACUGUAAGAGAGUGUGUUUGGGGGAAGGAGUCUCAGUACACCCUCCUCACUGACUUGCUGAACCGUUGUCAAACAGUGGAGAGGAUUGAAUCAGAGGAGUUCAUUUGGCACUGCCCUCCACUCAAGCACAAUGCUGAGACAAUCAGAACACUCACUCAGACAGAACAGUGCUUUCUCAGAAGAACUGAGUACCAAUUCCAACCUCCAGAGGUCAGUUUGACUGGGACCCAAAAGCUUGCCUCUGUACAUACAGCAUUUAAGGGAUGUGUUUCUCGGCACGUCCAACAUGGUCCCUCACAUCCACAUAAUUGUGAUGUGUGCUACCAUGCUAUAAAAUCUUUAACAGAUUCACAUCCCAUUUCACACUGACAAAAGAAAAAGCCAUGAAUUGCACAGGUUCCAGAUUCCUGCUUGCAGUAAAGUAUCUACAGCCUGUGGAUGAAAUCAUUUAUUAGCAUCAUGUUGCAAUCAUUUUUAUUCCUCCAUACUCUUAAGUAUAGCCUUUAAAAAUGCACAAGGUAGACCCAACAAUAUACUAUAAAAAAGUGUUUAAAGCCAUUGAUGGUAUGACAAAUGCAAAACAUACCAAUUUUAUUUAUCUGAUUAUUAACUCUCGUGAAAACUGAAUCAAAUAAAUUGUUUUUUUUCCCCCAAUGGAAAUUUUGUUUUGUAUUUCAUCUUUCUUACUCACACAUCAUUGAAUUUGCAAAGCUCUGAUUGAACAGAAAAUCACAGUGUGCUGAUCUUUUGAUAAGAAUAA